UCUGGCUUUGAAGUAGUUCCUGCUCUUUGGUUUUUCUCUAACAAAAGCAGGAACACACCUAAAAAAAGGGGUAAAAUGAUUGGUGACUUUGUUACAGUUUCUUGACAGAAGUCAGUUAAAGACAUUUGACGCGUAAAGAAACUCCACAAAUGGGGAGAUGUCAUGUGGGUUUGUUGCUGAACUAGAAAUCCAGACAAUCUCAUUAAACUGUAGCAGCCCUAUAACUUGCACAAGACAGCAGCAGGAAGAUAGGAGCUGAUGAAGUGCUCAACAUGCCUGAAAAGCAGUCAUGGAAAAAGAGAUGCUUUCAGAUAACUUGCUGCAUCGUUACAGCACUUCUCCUCACUGUCUGGGUCUGGCUUAUUAUUACAGCAUACACUAAAGCUGCUGGAUCUAUACCCUUGCCACACCCAACUACACCAUCAACGACAACUCCACCUGCUAUCCAGUGUCAGAACAAUGGAACUUUCAGAGACGGCAUUUGCAUUUGCCUUGAUGAAUGGAAAGGUGACUAUUGUGAGAUUGCUAACUUCUGUGAAGAGAGUUUUAGCUGUGAAAUGACUGACUGCCGAACAAAUGUUACAUUUGACAGAAUUCUGAUUGGACGAUAUGGAUAUUCCAAAGAACAAUGUCAAGAUUCUUCAACUAAUAUGGAAAGACCAAAAGCAACACGUCUAUGUUCUGAAAUAAAUGGAAUGCCAACUUUUGGAAAGCCAGUAUUUGUGAGUUGCAAUGAAAGUCUUGAUACCCUUAAAACUGAGGUAGAAAAUGUUACAUCAGAUUUAGAACUGAGACGUAUUGCUGAAAAAAUGCAGGUCCUGACUGCGCAACCCCAGCAAUUAGACUCAAAUAAUAUUGCUACGGCAGCUAACAUUACAGGGCAGAUCUUUUUGAAAACAGAGGAAUUUAAUACCACAGAGACUUCAGAGGCAGCAGCAGUAGCAAUCAUUACGGUCAGCCAACUUCUCGAUGCAAAUGACACAUCUUUCGAUGAUAACGGUUCAACCUAUGAUGCUGUAGUGAAACUGACACAGUCCUUAGAAGUCUUUUCUUUGCAUAAUUCUACCAAUGAUACUCAAGUGGUACAGCCAAACCUAGCAGUCCAAUCUCUUUCAAUAAAUCAAGGAAGAAAUCAUGGUAUCCUGUUCACUAGUCUCAGAGGGCUUAAUGAAACUUUAGUAUCGUCUAGAGUCAGGGUGAACAAUAAUGCCUCAGAUAUGGAAGCUAAUCCCAAUGCAGAUAUUCAAAUAUUUCUGAAUGUCUCCACAGAGGAAGGAGUACCUGGAAGAAUUGGUUUUCUGCUCUACCAAAAUGCAAAAUUCUUCAGCUCCAAAAAAUACGAACAAACUAAAUCAUUUAGUAGACGAAUUGUCUCUGGAAGUAUCACUAAUGGGAGACUGAACAAAGUUGAACUACUGUUCAGGGCCGAGGACUUGCCUCCUUUCACUUUCCUGAAUGAUUACAGCUGUGUUUCCUGGAAUUACAGUGAAAAGGAAUGGAGCACUUUAGGUUGUACUAAAGACGGGAAUGAGACCCAUUUUCUGCUAUGUAGUUGCAGUCAUACCACCAACUUUGCAGUGCUAAUGAACUUUAAAUAUAACUAUCGCUAUGCAGAUCCCUUGGAUAUUAUCUCAAAAAUUGGAUGUGGACUAUCCAUUGUUGGACUGUUUUUCACAAUUUUAUUUCAUGUUUCUACAAGAAAGACCCGUAAGACUUCAGUAACAUGGAUCUGGGUAAAUCUCUGCCUCUCAAUGUUGAUUGUAAAUAUCAUCUUCCUCUGUGGAAUCACAAAUGAAAACAAACAGGAAGGUUCCAGGGCAAACUCAACUAAAAAUCAAAUACUGGUGUCUGAUGUGACUCAUCCUACUUCUGAGGAUAAUCCUCUAUGCACUGUUGUUGCUGCUUUGCUUCAUUAUUUUUUACUUUCUACUUUUAUAUGGACUGCUGUGUUUGCUGUUCAGAUGUAUUUCCGUUUACGUACUACUCUUGGACAACUUCCAAAACAUUUCAUGUGGUUUGCAUAUGGAUUUGGAUGGGGACUUCCUGCUGUGGUGAUGCCCAUAACAUUUGCAGCUACAUUUGAAAAAGAUAACAUAACAACCUAUCGUCAGGAAGAAUUUUGCUGGCUUGCUGCUUUAGGAGUUCAAGGAAAGUUUCAGUUUUCAAAGCCAUUGUUUGCAGCUUUCCUAUUGCCAGUUGGGAUCAUUCUUGUUGUGAAUAUAGUCAUCUUUUUAAUUUUGACAGUACAAAUUUUCUGGAAGGAUAAUGCACAUUUACGGAGCACAAGAAAAAAAUCCAACAUGAAGAAGUUUAUGAGCACUUUAUCUGUAGCAGUACUGUUUGGAAUCACCUGGAGUCUUGGCUACCUGACACUUAUAGAACAUGAUGUUAUAAGGAUCGUCUUCAGUUUUGUAUUCUGCAUCAUCAAUGCUACUCAGGGUCUUCAAAUCUUCAUUCUAUUCGUAGUCCGAUCUUCAAGUUUUAAAGAAAAGAUGACACCUGUAAUAGAUUACUUAUCAUCUGUAAGAAUUUAUCUACAUUCAAAGACAAUCUUCCUUGACAGGGUAAUAAACACAAAUACACAGGAAUCCUACAGGCAGCUGGAUUCCUUUUCCAGUUCAGCUUGGCUGUCAUCCUCUGAAACCAACUAGACAGCCAACGACAGAAGAUUUGGGAUAGACUUUCAUGAAAUAAAAAUGUUUCCUUUUCUAAUUAAACUGCAAAAAUAUAUAACACCAACAUUUUUAAGUGCUGGUCCUAAAAUGUCCAAGUGUAGAAACAUCUCAUAAAGCAGUUCUUAUAUAUUAAUUUUAUACCAUGGCACUUUUAUAAAAACAAAAAUAUCAUACAAAAUAAACGUUUUGACUAAUGGGUAUCAAGUUUCUGUGAACUAGGUAUUUACUGGCGAAUGUCACACUGUGCAGUAUGAUUUGUUACAGGAUCAUUCAUGAAUACCUAUGAUGUAGGAUGAUGAAGUGCAACGUAGCUGGCGCACCAUGACUGCAGGUGUUCAGAGAAUUCUAAAUGUCUGACUAAUUUAAUACUACUCCAGAUAGCUUUUCUCAUUCACAAUUAACCACUAAGACAAACUAAAGUAUUUUUCAGCUGUGCUAUGGUGUAUUCUAAAAAUUUGAUGAAGUGCUCCCAGCUAGAUAUUAAUCAUUUCUCAGAAUCCUGUUUUUCCAUUAAGCUCACAUAUUUAAAGAGCUCAACACUAGUCACUCUUAAGGAUGUUGGCCAGAAGGCAGUGUGCAAAGCCAUGCUAUAGUAAGCUAAUGCAAGUGCACCUUUCCACAUGUUUAUAAUUCUUAGUUGGAGUAUAUGAACUCCUUUGCUGGAAUUGUAUCACGUGUUCGUACAUGUGGGAUUGUGACAAUGAGCCUUCUCUGAGAUGCCACACCUGCAGUAAGGCAUGGCUGAGUUCCUUCAUCACAGCUCUGAGCAUGCUAAUCUGUUUAUUCUCAUCCCUUCCAGACAUCUUUUCCAGAUUCUGAGAUGAUAGCUGAAUUAAAUCUCUGGAAUUAGUCACAGGCAAAGCCUGUGGACCUAGUACAACCUCUUUAUUUUGGAGUAGAGAGAAAGUCAAGAGGCAGUGAAUUUGUCUGCAAUGCAAGCAAGAUGAGUUUAGUUAGUAUUUCUUAGUCACAAAGAUUCAAGCAAUACAGAAUGCAAACAACUGAGGUGAGACUAGAACCCAUGGCCUUCUGAUCAUUCAGCACCAAGCAUAAGUGUGCUACUUGUUGAGCCACUGACAGUGAGAUGUGUAGAAGAGGCAGGGAGAAGUAUUCCUUCCUAAUAGAUAGAGCUGACAUCUGGCUGUUCAUAACAGAGAUGAGAUGAAGGCUGACAAACUGGCAGACUAUCUGUAAGACUCAUGCAAGCAGGUAUUUGAACAGUAGCAUAUAACAGAUUACUACAUAUGCCCACAUGACAUUCCAGUAAAUGGGGGAAUUUAGUCUUGUCAUUUACAAUAUGAUGCUUCUGGACCCUCUAAUAAACAGCUGUUAUCUCCAAUAUAUUCAUGAGGAAAUGUAUUAAUAGAAUAAUGGCCAAGCUGCAAGGCACCAGAAUUCUGAGGUCACAGAUGCAGCAACUAAAAACUUAUUUUAAUCUGUUUCUUUGCAUGCACUCAACAAGAAAGAUCUCAAAUCAUGAACGAUAAUGAGUGCUGUCCAUCUCAACGCACAUACAUGCAAUCAUUAACAUGAUAUCUAAUGUACAGUGGCAAUGUACAGUAUUCAUAAAUAUCAUAGAAUAAAUUGUCAUUUAGUCACUAGUAAUGAAUGCCUUACCAUAGUAUCACUUAAAUUCACUGACAAUCAAAAAAUCAAAUCAAUAAACAUUUGAUUGAAACUAAACAAGUCAGUAUAUGUUGUCUGAUAAUGGAAUUAUCAUUUUGAAGGUUUAGGGGUACAUUCAGAAUGUGAAUCAACUGCUAGAAUAGGCUUUUCUUUAUCCUUUUAGCCAGCUGUAGACAUUGAUUAUCUAAUAGAAACACUCACAUUUGCACAUUUCUUUAGUCAGUAUCUAGUGGUAGAGAUGUUCAGAAGACUGUGUCAUCCAUCUCCCAUGCCGUUUGCACUGUGAGUUGCUACUGCUUGGGUGAUGUCCUGUUUGUAUGGUAGUGGCUUUUCAUGGAGUGACCAGGGGUUGUGAUACUCAUGUCUCUUACUUCUUCUUCCCCCUUCUCCUCCUCCCAGUAGCUCCCUGACUAUGAAAUGUUAGUCAGAAGUUACUUAUUGACCAUAGUCUGUGUCAGUUAAGUUACUCCUUGCCUACAAUGGAUAUAGCUACUCCUAUACAUUGACACAGGUCUUGUCCUUCUGUGUGCAUAUUCCACCCAACCCCAAGU